AUGCUAAGUCCAGGAUUUAGAAAAUUCGAGAUCGCCUCGUGGAUCAUAAUUUGCGUGCUCGGCACGAUCGGAAACGUGCUUGUGGUGCUAGUAGUGUAUCGUAAACGAAAAAUGAAGACAGUCACGAAUCAUCUGAUCGUGAAUUUAGCUUUUGCCGAUCUGGCUGUCUUGCUGAUUAAUGUACCGUUGGACGUUGCACACUACUUUAAUGACAGUGCUUGGCUGUAUGGAGGAUUUAUGUGUCAUAUCAUAAGACCAUUGCAAACUAUGGCUACAACUGCGUCAGUUUGGUCAUUGGUGGCUAUUAGCAUUAGUAGGUAAGUUGGUUAUGUAUAGUUCUCUUUCGGUAUAUGCUAUAAGUAGUUUAUAAUAUAGGACUUGCAGAGAAUGAGGAACCGCUGGAUUAGGUUAUUACGGUAAUUGCAAUACCCUAUGAGAUAUGACGUGUUUUACAUGAUCCUGAUGUAUAUGUGGAGCUAAUUCUCGAGGUCUUUCUAGUGAAGUCUGCAUGGCCCUAUUAAAUUAAAUCUGUCUCUAAUGCUUUCUGAAUUCUCAAGUUGACUAUAAGCUGUUUAAUGAGCAGUGACACAGAAUACUGCUCGAUAACAUGCAUGUUUAAAAAUUAUCUUAAAGGUUAUCUUGAAGGCACACAGUCACCCUCUGAAUGAUUAAUAUUUAAUAUUAUGAUGGCAGUUUUUAUGUUUACUGUUUAUAAUUACGUUAUGCGAACCAUAUUGAUGUUAAAAUAGUCUUAAAUGCAACAUGUCUAUACAGUCUCCCUUUCAAAGUAUAUGAACUAUAUAGUACACUAUGCUUCGCAUGGUUUCCAGAUCGAGAUAAUCUACUAUAUUUUCUUCACGUCAAAAUCAGAUUCAAAAUUGACCAAAUUUUCAUCCUAUUUUUCGUCCGAUCUAUAUUUAGCAAACCUAUUUAAAAGAGCUUCUUCACACUUGUGUAUAAUAAACGCCUGCUGUAAAAUGUCACUGAGACCUCAAGGUUCACCACACUAACAACAUGAAUUGGAAUACUAUACGGCAUAAAAAUCUUUAUAAUUGUGUUAUCUACAGUACAAAAUUAACAAAAUGUUUCCAAAAUAAUGCAGUCGAUACAUGCACUGUUUUGCAGCAUAAUUUCCGACGCCUUGUUUAAUCCGUUCCCAAAGAAAUAGGACCGAAAAAUGUAAACUCCAAACUGUGCAGUAAUUGACUGACUGUAAUCCUCUUAUGUGAGAAAAACAAAGACGUUCAGUACUAAAUAAUGUAGUGCAAUUUGUAAUAAGCACAGUCGACACAGCAUGGACCCUUGCGCUCAUGCAGCGAGGAAGACAUUACUAUAACAUGCACGCCAUAUGGGUCGACGGUCAGCUGUAUUCGUCCUUUCACGUGUGUGCCAUGUGAACACAAAACGAAAUCGUGCAAAUUUUAUCAACGGUUCCAAAUAGACCUUUCCCCUUAUAACCAAAAUUUUGAUCUAGGCAGGUCUAUACAAAUAUUUCAUCACAGCUUGAAAGAGCAUCACAAAAUUAGUAAUAUUCCAAAGUUUCGUUGCGAAAUGUUGUAAAAUGAGGAAAAUAGAGCCUUGCGAAAUUUGCAAUUUUCAUUUUGCAUUACAAACGGGAAAUUGCAGCCCCAACACCCGAAUCGGAUGUCAAUUUCCCGUUUGUAAUACAAAAUGACUGAAAAACGGCAAACUUCGCAAGGCUAUAUUAUCCGCAUUUUACAAGAUUUUGCAACAAAACUUUGGAAUAUUACUAAUUUUGUGAUGCUCUUUCAAGCUGUGAUGAAAUUUUUGUCUAGAUCGAAAUUUUAGUUAUAAGGGGAAAGGUCCAUUGAGUCCGCAGUGACAUUUUAGUUGCAUGCGAUCGGAGUCCAAUAAAAGUCAGUCAACUAAAACGACUAAAAUCAUUAAUCCUAAAAUGAUAAGCAAACGUGACUUGUUGACAGAAAUUGGGGUCAUAGAUACUGUUUAUAAAAAUCUUUUGUUUUCAUGGCUUGACCCAUCUAUUGAAGUUUUCAAUCACAGCUAAUGCCACCAUGAUCACAUAAACGUCGUUAGCGGCAACAACUAACAAGCUUCAACUGUAUAGAUGAAAAAUAUGAGAAGAACUUUGGCGUUUCAAGCAAAGGCCCUUCAUAAUCAUAGCCUGAUCAUGAUUAGUCAACUCACUCCCCAUCGGGACUUUUCAGUUACCGAUUACAUCAAGUAUUACGCUUACUUAUGUUAACUACUAAGCUUAGACUAUUUAUCUUUACAACAAUUGUGAUAUUACUUUCCUAACUAUGUUUAUCCUAAACCACCCUGUCAACUUUCCCUGUGGGAGGAAACUGGAGCACCCGGAGAAACCCCACGACUUUCGGCAGAGCGUUGACUGACUCUUUUCACAUGAGUCCAUAGCGGGAAUCUCAGAGGUGAAGGGCGCUUUCUCUGUCGACUGCGCCACCUAAGUACCUCUGUAGGUUAGUGGGCUGUCAACUUUCAGAUGAUGGGCCUUCGCUCGAAACGACCAAGUUUUUUUUGUAUUUUUAAGGUAGUUGUAUUCAUCUACACAAAUUCCCAAUUUGCAUUCUUGCUACCUAAAAUGGCACCCAACGUUCAAGGCACUCUUAUCGUGCACUUCAUCUGUUUUGAAAUUAAACUUAAGGGCAAUAUCUUAAUGGCAUAAGUAGAUAAUACAAGAGCGAAUCUUACAUAGCAUUCAUUGUUGUCAAUAUCUUGAUUGUAUUCUUACGGUGAAGAAAUAAUACAACAUGUCGGCAAUGAUUUGGUUGUUCUGGAAGUAAGAUUAAUGCAGUAUGUUACGAUGCGGUUCUAUAUUUGAAGACAGAAGUUAUCUUCGAAACGGAACAUUUUGAUAGCCAUGCAGAAAAGGACUUCAUUUGGCUUUAAUAUUUUGAUAGCUCAGCACAUCUUCGCAGGUGUUCCAUAUUAUCAGUUUAAAUUAACAUUAAUUGCUGUUUACACUUUCCACUUUCAUAUGGCUUGGUAUUUUUAUCGCACCAAAGUUCAAGGCUACGUUCUUUAUAGAUUUGUCUAGAUGAUAAUACCAGGUUUAAUACUAUAUGAGGUGCUGUCAGUUUAAUAUAGGCCUGCCUAUACUUGUUGAAAAUAAAGGUCGACCCUAACGACGGUUGUUAGUUUUGAAAUAUGAAGACUUUGGUCAAUCAUGACUCAGUCCUAUAUAUGAAACCUUUACACUGCAAAAAAUUUUAAAUCAAGAACUUAAAGUAAAAUAAUGCACUACGCAUAUGCAGUCACUCAAAAUAUUGAGUAAAGUUACUCAAAUUUAUUAGUAAAAAUCAAUGGUACAUUGGAUUUGAAAAUACUUGAAAGCCAAAAUUAGCACAUUUACUCAUUUUCUGUGUUAAAUUUGAAAUGAGUGAAUUUGCUGAUAUAGAUUUGAGUAAUUUUUGUUGGCGUGCCCCAAGAAUUUUUGGGCGUAUAGAAUGUUGCCGUACGCCAAGUAUGUUUGGACCAAAUUGUACAUUGCAUUGUAUUUGAAAAUACUUCAAUCAAAAUUGGUAUAAUGCCUACAGGUUAAGUCUUAUGAUGCCAGUUAAGUGUGUUUUGAAACGCAUACCGGCAUGUGCAACAGAUAUGUUAACACAAUGAAACACAAUGUUGAACCUACAUGGAAGGUUGGCAAAACCGAAAGAAAAAUCAUCUUACGACAUUUUAAUUAAAAACCCAACAUUAUUAAAAAAUUCCUGAUGAGAAAACAAAACGGAUUAGCCUUCCUGGCAAACCACAAAAAUAUUUUGGCAAACGCGGGUGAAACGUGAGAAAAACAAUUUUGUGAAGGCAAAAACAUAACUACUAUGGUCAACGGUGGACCCGCAUGCCGACUAAUAACAAUAGAUACCAUGCCUUCAAUAUCAUGUAAUAACCUGUUUGCAUAUAUAUAGUAUACGGGGUAGCUCAAUAAGCUUAAGGUCCGUGCAUGCAUGAUGUGUGGUGUUUUAGAACGCGAUAACAAGAAAAUACUAUCAAAAAUACGGAUGUUAAAAUGGGAAGUAAUGCUACAGUAACAAAACUCAGAGACUUAUUCUAGAUCACUGAUUUUUCAGCGAGGUUAGGUGAUAACGAUUUUGUGACGCACACGAUGCGUCGGUUCCUUAUCAGAACAAGUCGAAAAUUAAUUUGUUAACCACCAGUGUUUAUGAGUACAUUAACUCGACUAAAUUGAUUCCGUAUUGUUUCCUGUGUGGCCAUGGUGUAUGAAUCUUUCUUCCUUGGGCACACUAUAGCUCUAGUGGGCACUAUGAAGGGGGAGGGGAGCGGAUCCGUAACAAACUGUGGGCUAUGUUCCUAUCCUGCGAAUUCUUUUUAUAGUCUAUAGACCAUGGGCAUGGCUCCAUAGAUAGUCAAUCAAGAUAUUCUGGUCUGGAAACUGAACAGAAGGCAUUGUGUUCUGUUUUUGUCCGAGUUUAUACUAAUUUGUGCACGGUCACGGUGAUUGAGUUCAUUGUAUUUUCGUGAAAUUAAGCAAUCGUAAGGAUAGCUGAGAUGAAACGUGCAACCACGAUGAAUAAUAUUUAAUGAAGUUGAGACAAAGGAUUUGCGCACGGCGAGGUGUACAGUUCAACAUCAAACAAAGGUCUUCUAUUUUGUGGCUUUGAGGUUUGCCGGGCUUCCAUGGACCAUCGUAUCUUGAUAAACUGUGCUCUAUAUCAGAAAUUGUGUUGCAAGUUGCAGCAUGCAAAAAGCCCUCGUGUCUGUACCUCUGUACCAGUGUAGGUAGUACCAUGUGAAAUUGCUUUGCUGGGUGGUUAUAUUAAUCUACCUGAAAUAAACAAGCAGAAACUCGACGUUUCGAGCGAAGGCCCUUCGUCAAGAGUUAGUUACGGCCUUCACUAACAUUUCUUUCUCCCUCGUGCAGAUAUGUGGCAAUAGUGCAUCCUCUGAAACCUCAGUUACGACGAACACACGCGAGAUUGAUGAUCUUGCCAGUUUGGGCAAUCAGCCUCGUCCUCGUGUCGCCAUAUAUGGCAUCAUUAGACAUCAAAGACGGCGAGUGUGUGGAGGACUUCCAAUCAGCGGGAAUGGAUCCAAAAUAUUAUACAAUAGGAAUAUUUAUUACGCAAUAUGUCGUACCGCUAGCAAUCAUUGCCUUUUCAUACAUCAGGUAAGUUAUCGUCCAACACGCAGAAGGUCGGUUGUUCAAAGCCGGUGAGCUCUAUAUAUCUGGAGCUAGAACGUCAGGUCUUGUUUCGCUCGCUACUCUGGUUUAAAUAAAUAUAAGUAAUCAUGCUUUGAAUAGGGAUGAUGGUGCCUAUUUGGCAGAGGAAUUCAUGCAUCUCAUUGGCAGGUGACGUCAUCCCUUGGGUGUUUAAGAAGCCACGAUUGCAACUUUAGAUCACCCCUGAUGAAGACACUAGACUGGAGUGUCGAAACGUUGGGUCUUGAUUACAAUUCGACUGGGCUUUGUAACCAUUUAUUUAAACCAGAGUAGCGAGCGAAACAUGAUUGAUAUACCUGGUUGCAGUGAACGAACAAACUUUAAAACUUCAGGGGCCAGUUGUUCAAAGGUGGGUUAGCGCUAACCCUGGGUUAAAAUUUAAAUUAACCUGCUGUUUUAGUUUGUGUAUUUCUACACGUCUGUUUAUUUCAAAACUUCAGAGAAGUAAACUCUUAUCAAUCCAAACAAGAUCUCUGAAGAAAUAUUUCCAAAUUUAUAGACAAGCUGUCAGGAAGUUUGCUUUGAACUUUACGUUAACCUAGGGUUAAGCUAACCCAGCUUUGAACAACCGGCCCCAGGUCUAUGAGCAAGCUGUUGAAAAGUUUGCUUUGAUGAUGUUUCUCUUUAACCCACGAUUAAGUCAACCGGAUUUUGAGCAACCAGCCCCUGUAGAUACCCAAAUAAAAUGUGUAUUCUUAUUUCUAAACAAGCCGGCUUAGUUAUCUGUCAACCAAAGUCACAACAGUUUAUUGUAGAAGACUACCCACAUUGAACCUCCGCGUUUAAAAUUGCAUUGUCACGUCAUAUAUCAUGAUCAUUCUUUCUUAAUCGAAAGUUUGCAUGCCUAUUUCCUCCACUACAGGAGAAUGUAUAAGGUUGAAUGUUAAGUUGUCAAUAUUAACUUAGGCAAGACUUUUUUUAUUCAUUGGUUUACGCGGAUCUGCCGACCGUAAAUUUUCAGAAAGUGAAAAAUAAAAAAAAAAUUGGAUGUCAACAAUUUUACGAUUUUAGUUAAGUUUUAUAGUUAAUUUUUAUAGUUAAUUGUAGUUAAUUAUGUCAAGUAAACUUUGACUCAAAGUACUGCUGGCUUAUGUUAUAGUUGUGACAAUCUUGAAAAACAAUGUGUUUUUUUUAGUUUUUUUCCGACCUAUACCAACCUGUUUUUUUUUAAGUUAAAUCCGUAAACCAAUAAAUAAAAAAAGUCUCGCCUUACAAUGAACAACGUUCUUGGCCAAACUAUAGUUACAAGAACUUCUAUGUGCACUAAUAAAUAAACGCCUGCUCUCACUUCCUAAACUAAUGAGGUUUACCUUCUCUCCUUUUAGAGUUGGUCGUGAGUUGACCAAGAACCCAAACCACGAUGAACGCACCAGGAGUCACUAUAAAGAAACACGCAAAGUCUUAAAGAUGUUAAUAGUUGUCGUCGUUGUUUUUGCUAUACUGGUUUUACCCCUGCAUAUCGUACAAAUUUGGUAUGACUUUUUCGACGGAGGUAAGUGAUCAUAUCAAAAUUACUUUCGACAUCACUAAAACUUUGAUAGAUUCAUUCUAGAUUUCAUCCUGUUGUAAUACUGGACCAAUAAGGAAUCACCCUUAUACUCGACCACUAGGGAGGACCUUUUAGAACUGAUAGAGCAUGCAGUUAUUUCGUGUUUGUAAAGAGGGUUUCUAUUUGACUCUCUCAGUGGACCAAUAAGGGUUUCCCGACAUCGAUGGAGAACAAUUUAUAACUGAUAAAGUUAUCCAGUAUAAUAUAAAAGGUGGUUCAGUUUAAGACACAGGAUCAUAAGCACUCGUAGGCUUUACUAGAUGAUCGCAAAAUAAUCUAUAGUAUAAAGAAGUGAAAUCGAUACUACGAAAUUUGCAAUUGUACCACAAAAUCCAUAGUACUAUUUCCAUACUAUGGGAAUAUACAAUUAUUAUGGAUAACCAAAAUCCAUUCUAUUUCCAAUAAAGGUCCAUACAAUUUCCAUUCUAUGACCUUUUAUGGAUUUUCAAAUUUUUUUCCAGUGUAUGUUUAUUAUGUUAUGUAUAUUACGUUUAGCUAGUUCAAAAUACAACGAGGAGAUCUCAUCAAUCGCAAUCACAAUGCUCUAUGGGAACAGUUUUACCAACCCAAUCAUUUACAACGCCUGUAACGAAGAAUUUAGGAAAUCAUUCCGCAGCUAUUUCAGAAUAUUAAUCAAGCCGUGUGCUAGACUUGUGCUAGGAGAUCGCCUGGACUGGGACAACCGUCCGGAAAUCUUUGACGAUCUAGGGACCACAUUCAACCGGACCCGGUCAUUCCGAAGGUCGUCAAGUCGUCGGGAAACUUUGGUCAAUAUAAUUACCAGAACCAAUGGAGAGAUACCAAACAGACGUCAAGAUAAUAAUAAUAAUAAUAGAAUAAGCAGGAGGAUUAGUUUUGCUAACGAUGUUGACAAUGCCAUACGAAAUCAUCAAACUUGCACAAACCACACAGAUUGGACUAACCACCGUCGUAGUGUACCUUACAGCAAAGCUUCGCUAGUUCAAUACGUUUCAGUAUUAUGA